UAAUCUCUCCUCUUUUCCCUCUUGUCGCUUUCUGUCCGAACCCCCCCGAAAGCAUAGUAGUAUUCUCUCUCUCUUUAUGUCUGUUCAAUUCCAUGUCUGAAAUAUUUUCACAGUCUGGGUUCUUUAGAGAGAGAAAACAGGAGAGAGAGGAGAGAGAGAGUUCUGUUCUUUUUCGGCUGAUCUCGUCUGGAGGAACAGAUCAGAUCCGAUCUGACAUGGAAAACAGUCUUUCUGAUUGGAACUUCGAGGACAGUUUCCACAUGUCCACACACAAGAGAUCUGUCCGACCGGAUGACGAACUAGUGGAGCUGCUUUGGAGGGAUGGGCAGGUGGUUCUGCAGAGUCAGACACAGAGAGAACCACCGGUCCCGCGCCAUCACAGACACGAUCAUCACCAAGAAACCCUAGCGAGAGCGGACGGUUCUUCCCGUGCAGAUGCCUUUCUUGAUGACCAAGAAACCGUUUCUUGGAUCCACUGCCCUCCCGACGAUCCCUUCGAGAACGAAUUCUCCUCCGAUCUCUUCUCCGCAAUCCCGCAGUUCUGCCCGGAGAGGCCGAGCUUGGGAGCUUUUCGUGAAGGACCGUGCAAAAACGAGGUGGGUCUCGACCCUCGAGCCAUGCCUCCUCCCAAAUUCACGUUCUCGGACACAAAAGAUGCGACGUUUGGAGAAUUCGGCAAGGAGUCUUCGGUUAUGACCGUCGGGCCAAGCCAUUGCGGCAGCAACCAGUUGCAGAAUGAUGUCGACGUCACUACGGCUACUGCCACGGGAUUAUCUGUCGGAUCACUGAAGGGUGUCAAUGGAGGAAACUACGUUUCCACGAGUGAUAGAAGCAAAAACGACGGUACCCUCGACCCGAAUGGUACUUCCUCGUCCGGUGGCUCUUCUGGUUGUAGCUUUAAGGAAACCGCAAGUGGAAUCAUCAGUCUCCGUAAGAGAAAACAGAUCAUGGAAACUGAAGAAUCUGUGUCUCAGUCCAAUGCAACGGGAAACAAGUCGAGCCAACGGUCAGGAUCAACCCGAAGGAGCCGUGCAGCCGAAGUUCAUAAUCUCUCAGAAAGAAAACGCAGAGAUCGGAUCAACGAGAGGAUGAGAGCAUUGCAAGAACUGAUACCUCAUUGCAGCAAAACAGAUAAAGCUUCGAUUUUGGACGAAGCCAUAGAUUAUCUGAAGUCACUUCAGUUACAGCUCCAAGUAAUGUGGAUGGGAAGUGGAAUGGCGGCGAAUCAAAUGAUGUUUCAGGGAAUGCAGCCACCGUACCUUCCCCGUAUGGGAAUGCAAAUGCCUUCUUCGUUUCAGAACCCAAUGCACUUGCCCCGGUUCCCGGUUAUGGACCGGUCCACUUCUCAAAAUCCUGGUUUGGUUUGCCAAAACCCGGUUCAGUACCAGAACCAGGUCUUCUCCGAGCAGCUCGCGAGGUACAUCGCCGGUUUUCCGCAGAUGCAACCCUCUUCUCAGAACACGAACACGAUGAGAUUCGGUUCUCCGACCGUACAGCAAAACCAAGUUCCGGCGCCGGAGCCCACCGGCACUCUUCCCUCGAACCGGUAGACAGGUGAAGGGAAAUGAUGUUACCGACAUUUUUUUUGUCAACUUAUUAUAUAUUAUUUUUUUAAAAAACCCAACCAUGUAUUGUAGGUUUGGAACAUUAGGACAUACAGUUAUUUAAGUUAGAUGAAUCGUAUUAUGUGUAUUUAUAACCAUUUUGAUAUUCUUUUUUUUCUAUGAUGAUCUGGAUUAUUGGUCUA